UUACCGUUCUGACCUUCUGACAUGGACGUUUCUUUCCUUAACGCCGUUAACCUAAGCAAUGGUGCGGACACAACUAGUUGCGCACAAGCACAAACCGUGCCGUCUCAAGAGAGGCGCCGCCUUCUGAACACGUGUCUCUUUACAGCCGAGUUGCCUGUCUUCACACAGUCCCAACCUAGCAGUUCGCGAAGGAAGCGCCGGCUCCUGCUUUUCAGCCCAGGCACACAACCAGGCGGAGAGCCGGCUUCCGCGCGGCGGUUUUGCCCGGAGCGCCCGCGGAGCGCGGAAAAAGCUGGCAGCUUCAUGGAGGAAUCGGGGCAAGUCGCCGAGAAAGAGGAGAAUGUAGAUUGGGGCUAUGAAGAAGGUGUUGAGUGGGGGCUAAUCUUUCCUGAUGCAAAUGGGGAAUAUCAAUCUCCUAUUAAUUUGAAUUCAAGAGAGGCCAAAUAUGACCCAUUGUUGCUGGAAGUACGCUUAUCACCAAAUUAUGUUGUAUGCCGUGAUUGUGAGAUGCUCAAUGACGGACAUUCAAUUCAGAUCCUUUUAAAGACCAAAUCAAUGUUAGUGGGAGGCCCAUUACCUCGGGGCCAUGAAUUUGAACUUCACAAUGUUCGAUUUCACUGGGGCAGAGAAAACCAGCGUGGCUCAGAACACACAGUUAAUUUUAAAGCAUUUCCCAUGGAGCUCCAUCUGAUCCACUGGAACACUACCAUGUAUCACAGUAUUGAUGAAGCAGUCGGAAAGAAGAAUGGUAUAGCCAUUAUUGCCUUAUUUGUGCAGAUAGGAAAGGAACAUUCAGGCCUAAAGGCUGUGACUGAGAUUCUGCAAGACAUUCAGUAUAAGGGCAACUCCAAGACAAUACCUUGCUUCAAUCCUAACACAUUAUUACCAGAUCCACUGCUAAGAGACUAUUGGGUGUAUGAAGGCUCUCUCACGGUCCCACCCUGCAGUGAAGGUGUUACGUGGAUCAUAUUUAGAUAUCCUUUAACUAUAUCCCAAGUUCAGAUAGAAGAAUUUCGAGGACUGAGGAAUCAUAUAAAAGGAGCGGAACUCCUAGAAGGUUGCGAUGGAAAUUUAGGAGAUAAUUUCAGACCAACACAGCCACUUAAUGACAGAGUCAUAAGGGCUGCUUUCCAGUAGCAGAGACAAAUAAUUAAAAAAAGAAAAAGAAUUAAAAUCAAAAUAUAGGCCCUUGAUUCUGAUCUGACCCAGUUGAUCUUGUCUGAAGAUUUUGUGGUCUUUGGAUCUGCCUAAAAGCUACUAAAAAGAGUCACCCUAGAAUUCUUUCUGAAUAAUGGAUCACAUUGCUGGAUACUUUCCUGAAGAUACUGAACUGAAUUUUCCUGGCAAGGAGUCUGAACUCCCCUUUCAACUGACAUAUUGACUUAAUAUGAUUUGCUUCAGUUAGAGAUGGCGGAAGAUGUAAUGUGGAGCCAUUCAUCAAUUACACAGCACAAGGAUAUAAUCUUGAAGACUUUCUUUUUAUCUAAAGGCUGACAAUAGUUUUGAGACUACAUUGUCAUUUAAGAGCUUACAUAAUUUUAGGUUUAUAUUUGAAUAAAGGUCUGUGAUAUUGCCCAAGGUUUUGUGGAGCUCACUUUUUUAAAACCUUGAUUCUCAUUCUGCUACUUGCUUGGCAUCUAUAGUUUUCCAACUGCUUCAAGUCAAUUCCAAUACUCUGCAUUGAUUGAAUGUAUAUUCACUUGGUGUAGGAUUGCUUGUGACUGAGUGUAGUAUAUAUGCACAUUAAUGUUGUUAUAUGAAAACUGAAUUUAAUGGCUUCCUAUAAAGGAGUAGUGAUUGAAUCUAUUUCUGUUAUGAGCCCUUUUAUGUUCUGUCCUAGGAAGCAAAGCACAUAACAGUGGAACUGAAGAUAAUUUGAUGUGUCCAGUGACAAAUAACAGUGGAAUGACUUCAUCCUGGGAGUGCUAUGAAGAUUGCGUUUGUCAUAUUGUCACAAAUUGUCACAUAAAGGCACGAUGUGAGAAAAAUAUUUUGUUAGUUUGUUAGUAAUUGAUGGUUAUAGAAUGUGUUGUGUUAAAUCACUCAUUCUUAAAACACUUCAAAGUGUUUUAAUACUUAAUUCCCUUUCUACCUUCCACCCAAAAUAAGAUAUGUAGGACACUCAUAUUUAUGUUGUGAUAUGUGAUAUGGAUAAAAGAUGAAAAGGGAUACUUCAAAGGACUUAAAUUUACAGAGUACCUUCUUUUAAAUAUGUAUCUAUUUUCAUGCUUGCAUCAUUCUGACACAAUAUAAAUUAUUCACAGUAAUAACUUAUCACAAUAACACACAGAGGAUUUUGCAGAUUGCAGUUACUGAACAUGCACUUACACAUGAGUGUUUGAUAUAGCCUAUGAAAGAAAGCAUACCCAUGAAGAAUUUAUGAGAAAGAAUGAAAUAUUCAAUUAUUUUGUGUUUGUUUUCUGGAUCUAGAAUAGUUCUUUCUUCUUUAAAGACUGCCCUGAAAAGAAAGACUAAUUUAGCCAAGGGAUUUAUUCUUUAAGAAAAUAAUAAAAAGUUGAACUCAGAAACUUCUUGAAUAAAGAAGAGUAGAGAUUAAGCUAGGGUUCCUGAUUAAUCCAAAGAUUGUCAGAGGAACUGAAAAUCUUGUCCAGUAAAGAAAUAAACCUGUAAAAUAGAACUAAAGACACAAAAGAGCAGGAUGGGCAGAAAAUUUUCCAGAAAUAAAUUUGCAGUUAGUCCUGAUUUAACAGCCGUAAUGGAGACUGGAAUUUCCAUUGCUAAUUGCAUUCAUAAUGUGUGACAUUAUAAGACUGCAUUCCUUAGUGAUGGCAAUUCCUUAGUGAUGGCAAUUCUAACUGUCCCUAUUGCUAUUGUUAAAUGAGGAUCAUGAGUGGUGAAGUGACAAGGCUGAGUGGUUCACAAGCUGGCCAGAAGGUGACUAAGUGGCUGGUAUGAUCAUGUGGGAGGUGGCUGCUGCCAAGUGUGGAAACUCAGGUGAUUGCCAUGGCACAACAGAAGGAGGGGGGGGAAUGUUGCCUGAGACAGGAGUGUGCACAGCUGGGUCACACUUUGUAGCUGGGCUCCGCAGGAGAAAAAGCAGGGAGAGUGGUACUGACUGACAGGAGUGACUUAUGACCAUUGAUUUUGCUUGUAGGAAGCCGGCAGGGAAGGUUGCAAACAAUGAUCUGGUGACCACAGAACACUGCAACUGUUGUGCGAGCCAGUUGUCAGCAGCCCAAAUUGUGAUCACAUGAUGGAGAGAGGUCGACUAGAACUUUGGGGACCAGUCAUAAGUACCAUUUGUUCAGCACCACCAUAACUUUGAGUGGUUGCUGAAUGAGUGGUUGUUAAUUGAAGCAUCAAAAAAGUCACUGUGGAGAACUGCAAUGCAUUGAGACCAAAGACAUUAAAUGGAAAGAAAUGGAAACUUUUGCAGUGAGGAGUGUUGGUAUAACUGAAUAAACUUCCCCUCUAACAUAUUUUAUUUGCAAUUUGUUUGGGGAGGAUUUUUAAAGCAACUUCUGACAACUUCUGGUGUUAUCUUGCAAGUCACAUUUUUAAUAUACUGAUUCUAUGGGGUAGAAUAAUGGGACAGAUUACCAUGACAGAAACACCACCUUUUCUUGAUAUGUAUCAAUAUGUACAAAAGUGGGGAACUUAAUUAUGCUGCCAGGAUUUUCAUCAUGGAUAGUUGUGGACAUCAACUCCCAGAAUUACCCAGCCAGUAUGGAGUUCAGAAUCAGAAUCAGAAUAGAGUUGCAAGGGACCUUGGAGGUCCUCUAAUCCAGUAUCCUGCUCAAACAGAUCAUAACAUACCAUUUCAGACAAGUGACUGUCCAGUCUCCUCUUAAAAAUCUACAGUGAAGUAUCCACAACAGGGGUGUCAAACUUGUGAGGUGAUGUCACGUGAUGUAUCACAACUUCCCCCACCCCAUUUGCUAAACCAGGAGAGGGCGUGGCCAGCACAUGACUUAUCCAGCCCAAAGGCCAUGAGUUUGAGACCCCUGAACCACAACAUCUGAAGGCAAGUUAUUCCACUGGUUAAUUGUCCUCAUCCUUAGGAAGUUUCUCCUCAAUUCCAGGUUGCUUCUCUCUUUGAUUAAUUUCCAUUCAUUGUUUCUUGUCCUGCCCUCUGGUAUUUUAGAAAAUAAAUUGACCUCCUCUUCUUUGUGGCAGCCUCUCAAAUACUGGGAUACUGCUAUCAUGUCCCCCCAAUUCUUCUUUUCUCUAGACUAGCCAAACCCAAAUCCUGUAACCGUUCUUCAUAUGUUUUUGUCUCCAGGCCUUUAAUCAUCUUAGUUGCUCUUCUUUGCACUUUUUCCAAAGUCUCAACAUCUUUUUAUAAUGUGGUGACCAAACAUGGGUGCAGUAUUCUAGGUGUAGUCUUACUAAGGCUUUAUAAAGCAGUACUAAUAUUGCUUUAUACGUUGAAAUUCAGUUAUGAGUUGAAAUCCAGAUCUCUUAAAGUUGUGAAAUUUGAAAAACAGUGCCUUAGACUGUAAGGUAAUGACAUAUUUGAAUGCUAUUUUACAUCAGCCUAGUAGAACUGUAUGGUAUUUUCUGAAGGUUGAUUUAAUUUGAAAAAGUUUGGAUUACCUUUAUAAAACCAACCUUCAUAUUAUUUCAAGGCUUUAAGUGGAGAGACUUCUGAAGACUUGAAGAAGCUUCUUAGAUGAGAAGUGAAAACUUUUCAAAGAAAAAAACCCAAGAAAAUCCAGCUGCCUUUUGGAAAAAGCUUCUUUGGGUGAACUUAUACACUAGUUUGCUCUCUGUCAAAUAUCCUUUACUUGGUGUAUAGAUUAACUUUUUUGAACCAGCUGACAAUUAUAUUAUUCCUCAGAUUUGCUGAUAUAUUUUAGUUAGAGCCUUUACAUAUUCUUCUUCUGUUGCUUGUCAUAUUUCUGCAGAAAUUAUAUCUAUUGCUGUAGCUUUUUGACUUGGCACUAACUGGAGUGCUGAUCUAACUUUAUAUUUUAGUACCAGAGAUCCUUGUAAAAAGGGAAUAGCUUAGAUAUUAAUACUUCUGCCAUACAGAAUUUCAGCAUAUGCCUUCCAUCUUUCUUAGAUACUCUUUUAAUCAAUUAUCAUCCGUCUACUGCUGUUCUUUUACAUACCAAUUCAAAACUGGAGCCUCUUUCGGAGUUCAGAGAUCUUUGGAAGGCUUUCCUUGUUUUUUCCUGACUCUUUUAAUUUUUGAUGCCUUUACAGAUGUCAUUAUAAUUUUUAACAGCUCUCUGAAAUUCUUUGUUAAGUUCUUUUCCUAGAUCUUUGUCUUUCUUGGCCUUGGCUUUCUCUUCUAGGCUAUUUCCAUCAUUUAAUCUUGGUCUUUGGCAGUCUCUUUUCAAAUUCUUCAUUAACAACUUCUUUGAUUUCUUUCUGGUUUUCUUCUAGUUCUCUUCGAUCAAUGAGGUUCAGGAAUUGCAAGUAAUUCUUGGUAUUUUUCUUGAAAAUGGUGUGUACAUGAUAAAGAAUAUAUCAUGUCCAAUUCUAAUGUAGCAGAUUAACUAUGUAUCAUUCUAAGCCUCAUCAUCAAAUGAAAAAGUGUAUAAUAUGAAAAUUGUCAGCUAUGAACUAAAGAAGCAAAUUUACUAGAAUAAGAAUACAAAACAAAACAAAAAGCCAACAUGCUUUCAAAUGUAAAGCAAUAUGUUAGCUGAUGCAGUUAUAUAACUAAAAAAGAAAAUAUGACGACUCCCUAAAGUGUUAUUUUUAUAUGUUAAUACAAUCAGAGAUUAAUUUUUAAGGAAGACUAAAGGAACAUACAUUGAUGUAAUCAAUUUUAAAUUAGGCCAAGUAAUUUGUAUUGCUUCAU